GCGUGCAGGCCCGGGUGCGGGUGGGCCACGUCCCGAAUGAUGUUGUCUAGCUCGCCCCCCGUCAUGACGAUAGGCGAGAGGGUAGCGCCUCGCAUUAGGUACAAGGCCGCUUGGCCGUCCUUGUCCCACGUGCGGCCCUCCAGCUUUUGGGCUUCUUUCAGCCGAUGGGCAUUGUAUACAGGCGCGGCCCCCGGGAUGCUCGCAAGCUGUUGGUAUCCCUGGGGCGCGGCCGACUGGUGGUAG